AUGGCGCCCAAGCUCUUGAGUGAUGACGCAUGCCGUGUGUGCGGUAAGGAGGAUGACGAAGAGUUCUUAAUGCUGUGUGACGGCUGCGAUCGUCCCUUUCAUACUGCAUGUCAUCAGGGAUGUACGUGCUGUAUGACCAAGCCACGCACUAACUUUGCACGGAAGCCGGCAGUGCCCGAAGGCGACUGGUUCUGCAAGUUUUGUGCCGGUCGUGUCCCUGCUCUUGAGGCGGGUAAACUGCCUGUCUCGUCUAUUUUUGUCUGGGGCGACAAUGAGGAUGGGCAGCUUGCACUCUGGGAUACAGAAGCUAAAGUUAUCUGGAAACCUACGAAGGACGUUGUACAUGAGAAGCUGUGUCACUUGCGUUUGUUGGAAUCGAUGACGGAAGAGAAACGCUCGAAAGGCGAAGGAAGAUUCUCGCAGAUCCAUGCAGGCGCUAACUUUAGUAUGGUAGUAACGACUGGUGGGCAUGUUUACACGUGGGGAAAUGGCGAGUUUGGACAAUUAGGUCACCAAGAGAACAAGAAUAAGAAAGUGCCUAAGAAGAUUUCUGCGUUAAGAGAACUAGAAGUGCCUGUUGAGCUAGCUGCAUGUGGUGGCGACUUUGUGCUCAUGACAACAAAAGACACUGGUGACGAUGACCAGUUCAACACUAAGAGACCGGGUGUUUGUAUGAGCAUGGGAUCCAAUUCUCAAGGGCAGCUGGGUGAUGCGUCCAACAAGAAUCAAUGGGUCCCGCAGCUUCUCAAUAAUGACGCGCCUGACCUAACUAGCAAGGAAAAUGAGGACAUUGAAGAGCCCGCAGAGUUCUUACUAGGUCGUGACAUCACGCAGCUAGCCACUGGUAGAUCGCAUGCUGUCGCCGUCGUUGCCGGUACAAAAGGGAUUUGGACGUGGGGUUAUGGCGAACGUGGUCAAAUCGGGCACCCAAAACCUGUGGAACCAGCGGGACAGUCAAAGUUCUUUUGCUCGCAAUUUCGUGUUCCCCGACCUCGAUUUGUCCAGGCUUUCAAGCACGAUACAGUCAAGCUGGUUGCGUGUGGUGCCCAGCAUACGCUCAUAGUCCUUCAAGAUGGACGUCUGUUUGCCAUGGGUGACAAUGACUCUGACAAGAAUAUGAAACAGAUUGGCUGUGGCGACGACUUUUCAGUGGCGCUCACGAGCACAGGUGAAGUGUAUUCGUGGGGUCGUAAUCAGCUCGGUCAACUUGGUUUGGGUGAAACACAGAUCAGUUCAUUGGACACACCGACUAAAGUACGCGAGCUCCCAGCCAUUCAAAAGCUGGCAAUCGGUAUCAAUCAAGUUUUUGCGAUUGAAUUUACCAACGAAACACUUCCACCUCCCAUUGUCCGUAUUUCUAACAAGAGAAGUGGUGCCAGUAGAAAUGCCAACGUGAAGAAAGCUAAAAGUAACAAGCAGAAAAAAAACACAUGA